UAACAUCUUAGCUUCCGUCUGCAAUGGAGCCUUCUUCAUUUGUCUGUAUCAUAAAAUAUCAUCAUGACGAUAGGUACUUCUGUUUAUCAAGCAGUGUACAACGACCUCUUAGGAAUUAAGAAAUGUGGCAUAGAGAAAUAAAUUCAAGUGAACAACAAAUUCUCAGUGCUCAAAAAAAAAUCUUCUGAGUUAACAUCAUGGAAUGGGUUUUCUGGUUUGUAGCUCUAGUUUUAGCUGGUUUAGGAUUACUUCUCUUGAAGGUUGCAAGAGAUAUAUGGUGGACACCACUGCAAAUUAAAAAGUACUUUGAAGCCCAAGGGAUUGGAGGUCCGCCUUACAAGCUACUCUAUGGGAAUGCCCCUGAUAUUGUCAAAAUGGCUGCAGAGGAGAGUUCUAAGCCGUCACUGUCAGGACACAAUAUAACUCCUCGAGUUAUUCCUGCCUUUCAUCAAUGGGGGAAAAUCUACGGUCGGGAUUAUGUUUACUGGUUUGGGACUAAACCCAGAGUUUUUCUUGCUCACCCUGAGCUUGUGAAGGAAGUAUUAUCCAACAAGUUUGGGCACUAUGAAAAAGUUAAACUUGUGAAAUCAGGAGCACGGGGACUUGUAGAGUUAGAAGGGGAGAAAUGGGCACAUCAUAGAAGAAUCCUUAAUCCCGCUUUUCACAUGGAGGCCUUGAAGGGCAUGAUUCCUUCAAUUGUAGAGUCCGGCUCCAAUAUGUGCAGAGAAUGGAGAAAUUUAAUAUCUUCAGGUGCCAAUGAAAUUGACGUUUUCAAAGAGUUUUCUGUUCUCACAUCAGACAUUAUUUCACGUACAGCAUUUGGAAGCAGUUACGCAGAGGGAAAUCACAUUUUCCGUUUACUGACCCAGCUACUACUCCUGGUAUUUGAAAGAUUUCGCAGAGUUUAUAUUCCAGGUUCCAGGUUUCUUCCUAUAAAAGAGAAUAGGCUUGGAUGGUGGUUGGAUAAAGAAAUCAAAAGAUGUAUAAGACAGGUGAUUAAAGGCAGGGAGAGGAAUGCUGGCAUUGAAAAUUCAAGUGACUAUGGUACAGAUCUACUUGGGCUAAUGAUGAAUUCCAACAAGAAGCAGAGUGAAGGAAAGCUGCAGAAUAACAUGGGCAUGACUAUAGAUGAUAUAAUUGCUGAAUGCAAAACUUUCUAUAUAGCUGGACAGGAAACUACAACAAUCCUCUUGACAUGGACCAUGGUCUUGUUGGGAAUGCAUCAAGACUGGCAAGAUCGAGCACGCAGGGAGGUGCUAGAAGUAUGUGGGAAAAAUGAAUUUCCGAAUGCUGAUGCUGUAAAUGGCCUAAAGAUUGUGGGAAUGAUAUUCAAUGAAUCCUUGAGACUGUAUCCACCUAUAGUGGAUUUGAGCCGGCAACCAUUAAAGCCAAUGAAGCUUGGAGAACUCUCAAUUGCUGCAGGUACUCAACUUCAAAUUCCAAUCCUCGCAAUGCACCAUGAUCCAUUGUUGUGGGGCAAUGAUGUGCAUGAGUUCAAUCCAGAAAGGUUCAGGCAGGGAAUUUCAAAAGCUGCUAAACAUCCAAUGGCAUUCAUGCCAUUUUCUUUAGGUCCACGGAUUUGCAUUGGUCAAAACUUUGCAUUAUUAGAGGCCAAAGUAGUAUUGGCCAUGAUUCUGCAACGUUUUUCCUUUGUGAUUUCACCUCAUUACAUCCAUGCACCUGUUCAUUCAUUCACUCUUAAGCCCAAAUAUGGAGCUCAGGUCAUACUCCACAUAAAUUAAAUUUAAUAACAAAUAAUCCUGAGUAAACAUUUGACAUUCUGAACUACUACUAGUUAAGUAUGUAGUAUAUUAUUGUGGUGCGCAGAUAGAGAACUGUUUGAUAUAAAGGAUUGUGAAAUACUAGUAUUUGGUCUGAUGACUUUGAUAUUUUACUACAAUGUAAAUUUGGUACUGUAUAUAACUAUUUGACGAUUUUGAUCAAAUCGUACUGUAUGAUUAUAUCUUUAAAAUAUUAGUCAUAUGAUUAUAGUUGCAAUCCCCCAAGAACCGGUGUUGACCUUGUCACAUUUGGGUAAUCUUCAUCAUCAAAUCUGGAUUGAAAUUAUAUGAUGAUUCAGACUGAUUCAA